UUGGAGAUGAAGAAAAGGAUUGGGAUUGAGUAAAAUGGGAUGACAAGUAGUCAAACAGAAGCAUGCUAGUUUGUGUUUAUGGCUCCAUUUUCUGUGUUUCUGUUGGUAAAUAAAAAGGCCAAGAGGGCACUUGGUUGUGCCUUUGUGGCUGUUGGAUUGCAUUGCGGUUCGUACCUGUUUGAUGUGUGUGGGUGUGGCUACUUAGAUGUGCCCAUUGUUGUAUUGGAUCCUUUUUUUGAACACGGUUGAAACGUUGUUGUAUUGGAUCUUUUGUUUAGGUUAGUAUUAACUUGUUAUUUUGUUAAUUUAAAAUGUCCCCUUUUUCUCUGUCCUUUGAUUUAAAGUUCUAAGAUUGGCUGAGAGGGAUAGAAAGUAGAUUUUGAGAACAUUUUAACAAUAAAUAAAUAAAUAAUUUCAAU